AUGGUCCACAACUACCAACGCAGCUUCUCCUUUGAGGAAGCCCCUCCCAGCUCAACUGAGCAGGCACCCUUGACCCACGGCCAUGCUCACAAUCACAGCAAUUCUAGCAAUCACAGCAAUCACGAACCCUAUCACGAUUCCCCUUCCAGAGCAUCUCCAGUGUCUACCUCUUCACAAUUCUUCCGGCCACUCCCCAACGACAGCCACACCACUCCGCCCUCUCCUCCAACCCAGCACUACCACCCCUCAUCACAUCCUGAUAGCAAUUUUGAUCAGGCAAGACGGGCCCGUAACACCAGCUCUGAUAGUAGUAGGCAUCGCCUCUCCUCCUCGUCUCAGUCUACUCCUUACCACAACUAUUCUCAUCCUCAACCUUCUGCUCCUCCGCCUCCUCCUCCACCACCACCACACCGACGAAAGCCGGUUGGACAAUCUCCGGCGGGACGCUUUUCAAUCCAAGAUCAAGGAUACGCACAAGCAUCAAGACCCUUGUCAUCAUUCAAUACUAGCAUGGACAGUCUUGGACAAGGUCAACCGGAUAGGAGCAUGGAUCGAGUGGACGGGCACAUGGCGAACCUCAGACAAGGCGAUGGAGAGACACAACCAUUUCCAGCCUUGGAGGCUUCAAGCACUAGACGCAGUUAUGGCCCAGCAGACUUUAAUCACCCGUCUACCCCUUCCGACCCAGCUUACCUAGCGCAAAGACCAGCAGAGGCACCUCGACACCUACGGCAACAAGGCUCUUAUUCGUCUUCUACCAUCCCAAUUGCGGCUGGUGCUGCUACACCCGGCUCGAUCACGCCUAUCAUCCCUCCGUCAGAUGGCUCAGGGCAGAGUUUCCCUCUGGCUGACUACCAAUCUCGUCACAUCCCCACAACUCAGUCUCCCUAUUAUGAUAGUCCAUACCAGAAUAGCUCCCUCAACUUUGCACCUCAGGUCAGCGACGCUGAUAUCAAUCCCCAAAAUAUUGCGGAUGACGGUGAUGAUGGUUUCAUACCAGAUCCAAAGAGGAAAUCGAUACUGGGUAUGAGAAGCACGUCAAGCAACGAGGCUGGCACGUCUGCAGCUGCAGGGGGAGCAGCUGCUGGAGGAAUUAUAGGUGCACUGGGUGGUCUCGCCGGACGAAAGCAGAAAGCGCAGACCCCGGGCGUUGGGUAUGACCCAGUUGUCCAACCAGGCAAUCUCGGCAACAUGGACGCCGAAGGACAUAGAGGUGCAGAGAAGAGUGAAUGGCUUUCUCGACAGACCACAGGCAACAACAAGAUGCGAUGGGUUGUGGGGCUUGCCAUUGGUCUCGUGAUAGUGCUCGCCAUCGUGGGGGGCAUUGUUGGUGGUGUUCUUGGGUCGAGAUCGACUGGCAAGUCGAGCGGAGAGACGGAGAGUCCAUCAGCUAAUAGCAUCAACAACGCCAACGACGACACAGCAUCCAAUGGUGAUCUCGGCAAGGGCUCUGCUGAGAUCAAGGAUUUGAUGAACAAUCGGGACCUCCACAAGGUAUUCCCGGCGAUCGAUUAUACGCCUUGGGGCACGCAAUACCCACUUUGCAUAGAAUUUCCACCCUCGCAGAACAACGUUACGCGCGAUAUGGCAGUCUUGUCUCAGUUAACCAAUACUGUUCGACUCUAUGGCACCGAUUGCAAUCAGACUGAAAUGGUGCUUCACUCGAUCGACCGGCUUGGGUUGUCUUCAAUGAAGGUCUGGCUGGGAGUAUGGAUUGAGACCAAUACGACGACGAAUGACCGACAAUUGGAGCAGAUGUACAAGAUUCUCGAAGACGUCUCCGAUCGCAGCAUUUUCAAAGGAGUCAUUGUUGGCAAUGAAGCUCUCUAUCGCGCCGGUGUGGACAAGGCUGCCAGUCAAGAAAAUUUGAUCGAGAUUUUGAACCAAGUCAGAUCCAACUUCACAGCGCUCAGCUACGACCUUCCUGUCGCCACGUCUGACCUGGGCGAUAACUGGGAUUCAAGCCUUGUCCAAGCCUCCGACGUUGUCAUGUCUAACAUUCACCCUUUCUUCGCUGGCGUACCUGUCGAGGAGGCAGCUGGCUGGACGUGGAACUUUUGGCAGAUGAAAAAUACACCCUUGACGGCCGGGACUGACAAACAACAGAUCAUCAGUGAAACAGGAUGGCCAAGUGGGGGUGGGAAUGACUGUGGAACAUUGACAACAGAAUGUGCAACCCCGACCAGUGGGAGCGUGGCUGGGAUCGACGAGAUGAAUACCUUCAUGGAGGACUUUGUCUGUCAGGCAAUGGAUAACGGGACGGACUAUUUUUGGUUCGAAGCUUUCGACGAACCAUGGAAAAUCGUUUACAAUACCCCGGGCCAGGAGUGGGAGGACAAAUGGGGACUGAUGUAUUCAGACAGGCAAUUAAAGCCAGGCUUGAAGAUUCCUGACUGUGGUGGGAGGACUGUCUCAUAG